GUUCUCUUUUCAGCACCAGGUUAGGACCUUCUCUCAGGCCUUGGGCUGGCUAGCCCUAGGCUCCCAUCAGGUCUCGAGUGGAAAGAUUAUGUUGAGAGAUGUUAUACGUGCGGAUGGAUGGUUGAAGAGAUAUUUUUCAUCUUUUGACAAACUAGCAGCUCGGACACUUUGUUGUGGAUACAAGUUCUGUGCAGUCGUGGCCUGAUUCAGACCAGCACAUCUUGAUCAGCACAUCUUUCUAUCUUGAUCUAACAGACAGAGCUGUUUAUGCCAUUAUUUUUCCUUGCAGAAUUGCUCCUAAGAGGCCUGGGUGCAUUUUGAUGAAUCGCCUGAAAUACAGGCUCCCUCCACUUCCAGAUGACGUGUUCCCCAACCUUUGCCAAGCUUAUAGUCCAGCUGGGCUUGGCUUUGCCAGCCUACAUUUCAAACAGCAGAAAGGAGGAAGAGGAGAAGGGCUUGGUGUCUGGUUCUCGUUGCUCCACUGGUCUCUCCUGGCUUGCAGGUCUCACAAGAUGGAGAGAGCAGCUCUUUGGUCCCUCGUGCUGCUCAGCUUCUCAGGAGCUUUGGCCAAGACAAAUCUGAAUGAGAAAGUGUUUGUGUUCCCAAAGACUUCCGCGGAUGCCUACGUCCUCCUUAAGCCCAGGCUGUCUUGGCCCCUGUCACAGUUCACCCUGUGCAUCCGUUACUUCACUGAUCUGACCCGCAGUUACUCGAUUUUCUCCGCCUCUUCGAGGCAACACGACAAUGAGAUUCUCCUCAUCAAACACCCGGCUGAGUACCACGCUUGCGUGGGUGGGCAGUGCCAGGUCUUCAUCAGAAAGGCGAAUCCCAGCAGCGGCAACGGCUGGACAAGCGCCUGCCUGACGUGGGCCUCGGCCACCGGCAUCACUGAGCUCUGGCUGGACGGGGAGCCCUUGCCCAGGAAGGGUGCCGCCAAAGGGCACAACAUCCCAACCGAGCUGGUGGUGAUGCUGGGGCAAGAGCAAGACUCCUUCGGCGGCUCGCUUGACGCGCAGCAGUCCUUCGUGGGAGAAAUCAGCGACGUGUUUUUGUGGGACGCCGUGCUGCCUCCGGAGCAGCUGAGGAGCAAGGAUACCACUACAACAGCUCUGGUGAGCUGGACCAUGCUGGAUUUUGAAAUCAAAGGCUACGUGGUCAUUGAGCCCACCAUACAGUAAGUCCAAGGGCAGGUAGCAGGAAUAUACUUCUUAAGCGAUGUGUCAGAAGACGAAGCAUCGACCUUCGCUGUGCUCAUCUUCUCAUGUAUUCAUCCAAAAAUUAUUCCAUUUUCAAUAAGAAGUUUUAUACAGGCCUUACAAAAUUUCUUACACACUCGUCCAUGCAUUUUUUCCACACAGUGUGGCUUUUUCUGUGUAUUUCCCCCAAGGGGGUGGGCUUUUGUGCUCUCUCCCUGACAGAUUUCCAAAAGCAAUUUUUUCAUUGAAUAAUGCCUUCCUUUCUAAAAAGUCAACUUUUGGCUUUGAAUCUGAUCUCUGUCUUGCCAGUGAGUUUCCUCCAAGAGAAUGAUGUGGUUCUCUGUGUAUCACCCUCAAUAAAUAUAUAUGCUUUCA